CCGAGCGACAAUGUUCGAACGUCCGACCGUCGUGUCCUGUUUCGGACCGUGAAGCGAAGCUGAUGAAAAAAUCCUGCCACUGAAGGAGUGUGUUGUUAAUCAUUCUACAAGUGAUUUAGUGCUUGAAAAAAAAACCAAGUAUCAUUUUGGGAUCCCGAAGAAAUCUGCUGCGUACUCAUUUACCCCCGGAUUUAGGCAAUGUAGUGCAGUGGGACGAGCAUUAUUUUCUGCCCCCAGUGAAAGUGCGCGAGUGUUGCGUGUUAUAUAAUAUCGGGGGAUGUACAGUACAGCUUUAGUACAGAAGAAAAGAAGAUUAUUAUAUGGUCGGUCGGUCAGAAUUGGCGCUAGCUACGUAGGUGGAAAGCUGAAAACUUGAGAAGAACCUAUCAAAAGCUUCGUUGAAAGUGAGGAAUACCGUGAGGGUGUGAAUCUUUCUUGGUAAUAAAGGACGUCUUACCUCUCCAUCGAUUACUAGCACAUUGCACAAUUGAACAAAAAAAAGCACACAUAGCAAACACCAACCAGAAUGCAGCCCAACAGCACCGAUUGUACCGUAUGCACCAACCACAGUAGCGUUAGCAUUGCCGUUUAACAACAACCCAACAACGAUUUUCAAUCAACUGCGCAUCUUCUGCUCGGGGAAGUGCACGAUCCCGUUCGUUUGUACUGCACGUUCGUUACGUUACGUUACUUAUAGACAACAGUAGAAUUUGGAAAAAAACACCGCUUCGCUCGUCGGAAUCGGAAUCAGCAGCGAUCAUAAUGGCCAACACGGCGCAUUUAUUUCGCAGACAAAGCUCCCGGGAUCUGAUCCAGCAGGCAACGGUUCGAAGCUUGGAUGACCUAGAAUUGAGGGAACUCCGUAGUCGACUGGUUCGGGCUGAGAAUGGUAACCGAAAUGUUGUCUACGGUGCCACCAAUCAGGCUUUCAUUGAUGACAAUGAUCCACCGAUGGGUCAAAUUGUGGAUUUGGGCCCCAGAUCUGCUCCGCCCACUGCCACCACCGGACCGAUGGGAAAGCUAUCGACACAGGCUUCGGUGAUCGAUCAGGUCGUUGAGGAGUCGGUAGUCCCGAAUGAACGGCCCGAAGAUGAGCGUGAAAGUUGGGAUAGCAAAUGGACAUUUUUGCUGGCCACGAUUGGGUAUGCAGUGGGAUUGGGAAACGUAUGGAGAUUUCCUUACCUGGCACAGAAAAACGGUGGAGGAGCGUUUCUUGUUCCUUACUUUGUUAUGCUACUGCUACAGGGUAUUCCCAUCUUCUACCUGGAACUAGCGAUCGGACAACGUCUACGGAAGGGAGCAAUUGGUGUGUGGCACGAAGUAUCCGCCUAUCUCGGAGGGAUCGGCAUUUCGUCGGCUUUUGUGAGCUACAUUGUGGCACUGUAUUAUAACACCAUAAUUGCUUGGUGUUUGAUCUAUUUACUGCACAGUUUCGAAUCACCUCUUCCGUGGGCAGACUGUCCCAAGCGACUGUACAAAAACUUUACCUACGAUGUCGAACCGGAAUGUGUCGUAUCUUCGCCUACCAAGUACUACUGGUACAGGGAAACGUUGCAAGUGUCGCCCAGUGUUAACGAACCGGAGGAAAUAAACUACCACGUAGCCAUCGCGUUGAUUACCGCCUGGUUCCUGGUGUACAUGUGCAUGGUUCAGGGAAUAACCGAAUCGAGCAAGAUCGUCUACAUCACCGCCAUCUUUCCCUAUGUGGUACUGAUAAUCUUCUUUUUCCGAGGGAUCACUCUUAAAGGUGCAUCCGACGGUGUUCUACAUCUGUUCACUCCAAGGUGGGAAUCGAUUCUGGAACCGGUGGUAUGGCUUGAAGCCGGAACGCAGAUAUUCUUCUCGUUAGGACUUGCUUUUGGAGGAUUGAUCGCAUUCAGCUCGUACAAUCCAGCAAACAACAACUGCUAUCGGGACGCCCUGGUGGUGUCCUUUACAAACUGUAGUACAUCGAUGUUUGCCGGAGUGGUUGUUUUUUCGGUUAUUGGGUUUAAGGCUACGUCGAUCUUUGAUUCGUGUGUGGAAGAACGUACCGCACUGCUGCUGGCAAACAAAACCUCUGAUCUACCGGUUUGUGAUCUACAGAAGGAACUCGAAAACAGUGCAUCCGGAACCGGACUGGCGUUCAUAAUCUUCACCGAAGCCAUCAAUCAGUUUCCGGCGGCCCAAUUGUGGGCGGUUCUGUUCUUCCUUAUGCUGUUCACGCUAGGAAUCGACUCACAGUUCGGUACUCUUGAGGGUGUCACCACCUCACUGGUGGACAUGAAGCUGUUCCCGAAUCUACCGAAGGAAGUCAUUACGGGGGGACUAUGCCUUUCGUGUUGUAUUCUUUCGAUGUGCUUUGCCAAUGGAGCUGGAAGCUACAUCUUUCAGCUGAUGGACAGUUUCGCCGGGAACUACUCACUGCUGAUCAUUGCAUUCUUCGAAUGUAUCGGCGUUAGCUAUAUCUAUGGAAUUAAACGAUUCGCUGACGAUAUUGAACUGAUGACCGGAUCACGACCUGGCUUAUACUGGAUGUUGUGCUGGAAGUACAUCUCACCGAUUGCAAUGAUUACAAUUCUGGUCGCUUCUUUUAUGGAACUGGCAUCCGAAGGAAGCAGCUAUCCCGGCUGGAACACGCUAACCGGUAAUGCCGAACGGCUCGAGUGGCCCCACUGGUGCAUAGUGGUGGCAAUAUUGUUAGUUCUAGUGUCAAUUCUGUGGAUUCCCGGUGUGGCCAUCUGUCGGUUAUGUGGGAUUAACAUUAUCGAAGAUUCGGAACCGGCGUGGUUCCCGACAACGGAACUGCGAGACGUUCACGGAAUCGUUCCCCACGAACCGACUGAUAUCGAAAUUUCACUGUUCUGCAUACGACCGGACGGAUCGGAGGGCUUGUGCUGUCCCACGUAUGGUCCACGAGAACAGCCUCUGGACGAGGAGGAGUAAGUGUAAGGAUCUUAGAAACACCAUUACUAGCGUGUUUAUCAUACACAAAAAAAAAAAACAGUAGUCCAUUAGUUAAUAAGGGAAAUCCAGGUUCUAGUUCUGUGGUGGUUCUAUAGGAUGAUAUUAUACAGAAAUAUAUAUAGUUAGAACAGUUCAUUCCAUUUCGAAGGCAGCUUAGGAAGGUUUGUGAAUGACAAUGGUUGAAUGUGAACAGUGGGGGGUAUGCAGUAGAUGGGAGACUGAACAUUACUCUUUUGUUUCAGUGCACAAUCGAAUCAAAUUGACGAAAGGCAUUAUUAUGGAUUAUAACACUUCUCGAUUUAACCGCUUCUUUGAGCCACAAUUCCAAUUGCAACAAAAGCAGCCAAAUAACUUCAAAGUACUUUGAAACAGAUGCCGCUUUGAUUUAUGUUUUCAACAUUUACUUUUUAUUUAGUUCCUUUUUUUUUUUAUUUAAAAGAUAUUUUAUUCAGGCCUAUUUGCGUACAAGCUUUACGUGGCCGAUUUAGCUGAGUUUUUAAAUAAAAGAUUUUUUUUUGUAUUGGAUCUCGUUGUCACCCUUUUUCUAGGGGGAGAGGAGCUUCCAUUUUCCUCCUGCGAGGAUAGAGGGGCACUUCGUUCGUGGUUCGUCUCGUCAUCCAUUGCCGCAUCGGUGGUAUUGUUGUUGAUUUCGUUGCUGGUUGCUGUAGAUGCGCUUUGUUGUACAUUGUUUGCAGUUGCUGGUUGGUUGGAUGGUAAGCUGUUAACUGCAGCUGGUGUACUUUGUUCUAUAGGGGAUACGUUGGAUGGUUUCGUUGGAGAGGAUGCUUCACUGUUGUUGGUGACUGUCACAGGUGUACUGGGGUUGCUUGGGGUUGAUGUGAAGGAAGCACCGUUGUCCUUUGGUAUAGUUGUCUCCUUGUCCGGUUUAUCACAUGGCUUACCGUAGUGAACAGCUUUUUGGCAAUAUUGACAUGUGGCCAUCUGAUUGUCAUAGGUAACAAGUGAUUUGCACGGUAUUCUUGUAUCCUGACCGAAUGUCACAUAAGAAGGUAUAGGCCUCCUCAAGCGCAUGCGUAACAAACGUACGCCAUUUAGAAUACCGGGGAAAAAAUUCCUCCACUUUUCAUCUUCGAUAGAGAGAAUCUCUCCGUAUUGGGACAUAGUUUUGCGAAUAUAAGAACCGUUGACGCUUGAGGGAAGAUCAUGCACACGCACUUCUAUAGCACUAUCUUCCAUAUAUACUGGAAUGUUGUACUUGAUAUUUUCAUGCUCCACAUAGUGCACAUUAUUAUUGUCUUUAGUGAAUUGAAUUGCAUCCAACUCUUUAUAGAACUGGAUAUAAACAACAUUAUUGGUCUUAUUGCAUUGGAGUAAAUGCACACGUUUAAUGUCAAGAUUCAUUUGUUCCUUAAGCAAACCUUCAAGUUCUCGUGUCGAAGGUCGAAUUUUGCACUGUCUGAAGUCAACAAUAAUUGUAUUCUUUCGUACCGGCGGUAGCUUUUGUUUGUUUGGUUCACUCAUUUUCGAGGUCUAUUGUUCACUACACAAUACUGUACUUGGUUUUUUCUGUCUCCAACGUAAGCGGUUUUGUUUGUCGACUGACUUGGAUGAGAUGUAAACCCGAACUGAUAUUUAUUUAGUUCCUUGUUUGUUUUUUUUU